AUGGUCCGCUUCGAUCGCUAUACCGGCCCCCCUUAUUUCGACGACCCUGAGCUAGCCAACGUCCAGCCCAUCUUUCGCUCCUGGCGGGACUUCAUCAAGGGUAGCACGGGUGCUACGCUUGAAUGGGUUGUUGCCGAUAUAUCCCAUCGCGAUUUCCAGUCUGGCCUCACCUACGUCGCCGUCUCGCGCGCCAAGACGUUGAAUGGCAUCAUGUUUGAUGCGUCCUUUGAUCUCAAUGAUAUCCGGCGUCGCACGGAUGGCUCUAUGGCUGCUCGGGCUGCUGACGCUGCCCGGCUUGCUGGCCAGGUUGUGACUGCCCAGGAAGUAUUGAAUUGA